GGUAAUGUCAGUCUUGCUGGGCCAAGCAUACUGAGGACGAGCUGGAACCAUGCCAAAGUCACUGCUGCUCCUGGUGCUGCUGGCACUGCUGCCCGCCUGCAGGGGGCGAAGCAUGAGUCGCUGCGAGGUGGUACGCAUCUUCAAGCAGCAGAAUCUGGAUGGAUUUGAGGGAUUCGCUCUGGGCAACUAUGUCUGCAUGGCAUUCUGGGAAAGCCGGUGGAAGACCGACAAGGUGCGCGACAGCAGCAACAUCGGGAAGGACUACGGAAUCUUCCAGAUUAACAGCUUCAAGUGGUGCAACGACGGCACGGCUGGCGGGGAGAACCUCUGUAGUGUGAACUGUGCAGAGCUCCUGAAUGACAAUCUGACCGCCUCCAUCAACUGCGCCAAGACCAUCGUCAAGAAGGAGGGGCUGAAAUCCUGGGACUCCUGGAACGACUACUGUAAUGGGCGCAAGAUAAAGCGAUGGGUCCGGGGCUGCGACUUCUCACAGGGCAGGCGGCCCGCAGCACGCCCACACCACCGCCACCGCCACCCCCUGCUGGCUGUCAACGCUUCUUAAACAUUACUGCAGUGCCAGUGUCAUGUUGUUUGGUGUAUGUGUUAUACCCUUUCAAGGAGCCACACAAUAAAGUUUGCAGUAGACCUUGUA